UCUCAGCCCCGGAUCGCCGCGCAGCUCCUGGGCACAGAGGCAGCGCGUGUGGCUGGGCCGGGCGUGGGGCCCGGAGGCAGCUGUCCCGUGACGCGCCCGGACAUUUUUGUCCUAAGGUUUUGACGCUGGCUAGGGGGUCUCCGCAGCGCGUGGCUUAGAUUGUGUGUGGGCUCCAGCGGGGUGUCGAACUGAGGAGAGUGCAGCCCUGUGAGGAGUUCGGAGUUUUUUCCUGAAAGGUAUCGACCACCCGGGAGCUGGUGUCGCGCUGAGGAAACUGCGGCGAGCGGUGCCGUCUCUCCCGAAAGGCUCGGAGGACGCUUCGGGCUUGACUCAGGGAGAAUCUGCUCUUCGAGGAAGUGUCUGCCCCAAGCCCCCCGGGGAGUCUUUGCAACACCCCCUUCUCUGGCUUGUGGUGGAGUGAGACGUGCGAGCGUGGAGUCCUCGUCGAGCCCCAGGCGGACUCUGGCUGGGCCCGGCCAAGUAGUGUCGGUGAAGGCGCUGGCGCUGGGCGCCGUCAGGAGUGAACUUCGGGCAGCUGCGUGGCGGGGCAUUUGGACGGACAAGUUCGGGUCCCGGAUGUGGGGGUGGCCGACCCCGACGCCCUCUGGUAUCUCCAGCGGGCGCCCUGGGGGCCUCUGAAGGUGGCUGUCUAGCCUGAAUUCAUACUAACCCUCAAGCUAAGAAUUUAAAAGGAUCAUGGAUUGUGACUACUCCCAGAAGCCUGACAGAAGCAACACAAAUCAUCAUCAUCAAAUGAUUCCAAUUGAACUAUAAGAGUAAAUGGGUCCGGUAAUUGGAAUGACUCCAGAAAAGAGAGCUGAAACUCCAGGAGUUGAAAAGGUUGCAGGAUUAAGUCAGAUUUACAAAAUGGGAAGCUUGCCUGAAGCUGUUGAUGCUGCCAGGCCAAAGGCCACUGUAGUUGACAAUGAAUCAGCAGAUGAUGAACUCACAAACUUGAACUGGCUUCAUGAAAGUACUAAUCUUCUAACAAACUUCAGCUUUGGAAGUGAGGGUCUUCCAAUUGUUAGUCCCUUGUAUGACAUAGAGGGAGAUGAUGUGCCAUCAUUAGGACCAUCUUGCUACCAGAACCCGGAAAAAAAAUCAGCAACUUCGAAGCCCCCAUACUCUUUUAGUCUUCUCAUAUAUAUGGCUAUAGAACACUCUCCAAAUAAAUGUUUGCCUGUCAAAGAAAUUUAUAGCUGGAUUCUGGACCGCUUUCCAUAUUUUGCUACUGCACCAACAGGCUGGAAGAAUUCUGUUCGACAUAAUCUGUCCCUGAAUAAAUGUUUUCAGAAAGUGGAAAGAAGCCAUGGCAAGGUUAAUGGAAAAGGUUCCUUAUGGUGUGUUGAUCCAGAGUAUAAACCCAACCUUAUGCAAGCACUGAAGAAGCAACCUUUUCCCUCAGCAUUAACAUCUCCACAAAGUGGCUCUUUAUCACCUCACUACUUAAGCUCUGUACUCAAGCAGAACCAGGUGCGAACCCUCAAAGAAUCUGAUAUUGAUGCUGCCACUGCAAUGAUGCUUUUAAAUACUUCCAUAGAGCAAGGAAUUUUAGAAUGUGAGAAGCCUCUUUCUCUUAAAACAGCAAUGCAAAAAAAAAGGAGUUAUGGCAAUGCAUUUAAUCAUACCAGUGCUAUGCGAUUACAAGAAAGUAAUUCUUUAGCCACCAGCAUUGAUCCAAAAGAAGAUCACAAUUACAGCGCAAAUAGCAUUGCAACACAGCGUUGUGCAUCCAGAUCUAGCGUGUCUUCUCUGUCUUCUGUGGAUGAGGUAUAUGAAUUUAUCCCAAAGAGUAGUCAUGUGGGAAGUGAUGGCAGUGAAGGAUUUCACAGUGAAGAAGAUACAGACGUUGAUUACGAAGAUGAUCCUCUUGGAGACAGUGGCUAUGCAUCACAGGCUUGUGCAGAUGCCUCUGCAAAGGGGCAGCCAGGCAAAAAAAUGCGAAAACAGUCAUGUCAAGAAAUUGAUGAGGAGCUCAAAGAGGCAGCUGGGUCUCUGCUCCACCUUGCUGGAAUUCGUACAUGUCUGGGUUCCCUAAUAAGUACUGCAAAGGCACAAAAUCAAAAGCAGCGGAAAAAAUAGAAAUACCUAUUAGUGUGAAAUUAUUUUAAAGUGUGGCAAUACUCUUCUGCUUAGUUCUUUACAAGGGAAUCAAAGCCAUAUGGACUUAUUUUUGUUUUAGAGUGGGGAAAGGAUGCCAAUUACUUGUUUAUUUCAAAACAUUUUUGUUUGUGUUUUAAGUUUUAUUAAAUAAUUGCUGUUAGGAUCAUGUCCAACCAUAAAUAUGAUGUGAAGUCCUAAAAGCAUAAUUUUUGUGAUGUGUCUUCAAGAUUUUGAAAUUUUUAUAUAAGAAAACCCACAGCUUCUGUCUUAAACUUGUAGGAGAAGUCUUUUAUUCUAUUAAUAUGUCAAAGUGUAUUAAUUGGCAACUCCUUUUCCUCAAUCUGUAAUUAACUGCUGAUCCAGUUAAAAAUUUUGCUGAUUUCUUUCUCAUAUACUCCUCUCUGACAUAUGCAAUCCAGUAGGAUAAGAUUUGAAUUUUUUCUUUUGUCUUAAUUUUUUUGUUGUCGAAGCAUAACACAGUUGAAUAUAAAUUGGAAAAGACCUUAGAUGUCUAGAAAAUUCUUUUUGGUUACACAGACAGAGUACAGCAAAGAUUUAUAAGAUUUAAAAAGGCAAUUUUGUGGUGUAAUGUCAUCUAAGAGCACUCCAAUUUCUAUUACAAUAUCAUCUUUGAAAAUUUUUUAUUUGCCAGAUACUCCAUAGAAUUUAUUGGAGCCUUCUGUUCUUUCCCAGAGUGCUUUGCAACCAAUGUUUAAAUAUUAGCCACUAGCUGUCAUUUGUUCAGUGAAAAUUAUCCAAUGAGAGGAUAUAGCCAUAGAUUGUUAUGAAGUUGACACCCAUUUUAACACACUUUUGCAAUAAGGGAAUCUUUUCAUUUGCCAGUUAAAUGUACUGCAUUCUGAGAAACUUGCAGUGGGAAUGGAGUAUAAUCUAAUGCAAAUGUUUUGAAUAAUACUACUUAUGUCAUAAAUAAAGGAAGGAAUGUCAUCAUUUAGGAAAAAAAAACUUCUGUCCAAGCUUUUUAUGAAUUAAAUUUGUAUAUACCCAAUUAAAUUACAAUGGAUUUAACAAGACUAUAGAGACAAAGUACCUUCAUGGAUCUCAAAAGGUAUAUAAAAUUAAAUCUUAAAAAAUACACCCUUUUGAGGAGGCGGUGUAAUAUCUAUUAUGUGCCAUUAAUCCAUGCUAAAAUAUCUUAUAUUAUAUUUUCAAAUGUGCAUUGACUAAGGCAUUUUAAGUACUUGAAAAAAAUCUGUAUGAAACAUUUUUUCAUAUCAGUUUCAUAUUAUUUAGAAGGCAUAAGGGAUACUAAUAAAACUAAACUUAUUCAUUAUAUUUUUUUUUAUAAUGGCAGAAGAAACUUUCCAACAUCCUAUUUCAUAGGCAGUGACUUUGUUUUCAUUUUCUGAUGAUUUCAUUUAUACAGGGUCUGGCAGAAGUAAUGCCUGUUGGAGUGUGGUUGUUGGUAGGGUAAUAAUAUGGCUAUAAUAACUUAUAGUUUUAAUUGGAACAUUUCACCUAAAAUGUCAUAUGGUGUGCUUGAGUGUAUUAUUAUGUUACAGAAUUACAUGCUUACAAUUUUGUAAUAAAAAGGGAGUGUUAUUUGUGACGGACCCUGUACAUAAAUACAUAUACACAGAUAAAUAGGUUUAUGAUUCUGAUUUGUUACUUUCAGCUAUUUUUAUGACUAUAAAGCAUUUUUUUGGUUUUUUUGAGACAAAUAUUUUAACUUCUAAGUUUUACUAGAGCAAAACUGUCAAAUGAGAAGCAUAGUGAAAAUGUCUUUUUUAAUUGGCAAGACUUUUAAGUCAGGGAGAACAACAAUAAUAUAAUCUGUUCUGCUUCUAUGUUAAUUGUAAUUGAACCUGGUUAGCUACAUUAAUAGAAUCAGUGCUGUUGAAAUUUGGUAAUUUUUAAGUCUGCUAUUGAAAAAUAGUCCGUAAGCAUGCAGGAUGAGGUAUUCGGUCUUCAUAUAUGUCACGUCAACUACAGAAAGUGGCUAACCCAAGUUGGCAUCUUUUAGAUAGUGAAUAUAACACCAAAAAUUGCUUUCCCACAGUAUAAAAUAGUACACAGAGUAUAAAAUCAUUUUAGUAACAAUAUUUUAAAACUAUUUACCAUGGCCUUGUGAACAGACCUUAGUAACAGUACUUCAAUGUUCUGGGUCCAGUUUAUUUUGUUCAACUGAAAUUCUGCACCAAAAAUGUUCUCUCUAGUUCCUUUCUAUUAGAUAAUUAUUCUUUGUAAGUGAUGUAAACUGAUCUAAAAUAAGAAUGGGGGGACAGUUGUUCCAAGUUUCAAAAGUAAUCUUAAAAAUUAUUUUGUUUUAAUAAUUCUUUAAGCUGGAUUUUCUUUUUCUCUUCAUGUACUCUUCCCACAAAUUUAAAAGUUGAAGUUUAUCACUAGCAAGGGCAAUAAACACUUUUGCACUAAAA